AGACUUUCUUAAAGGGCAGCUAUAAAAUAACGUUUACUUUCAAUAAUAAUAUCAGUGGGUAAAAAGCAGCGCCAGUACCAAUAAGUAAAAUUAUGCGUUUUCUAAUAAUUUUGGCAUUCGCUACUGUAGUGGUAGGUAGUAAAGAUUUGCUAACUUCCAAGGCCUAUGAUGUAGAUCAACAUGUUUUGGAACUCUUGGAAGGCAAGCAACGCAUAGAUUUACUUGAGGCUGACGAUGAUGGUGUAGUAGAAAUUGGCCCACGUUUCAUAUUGUCUUGGCAAAUACGGCGGCUUUUACGCAAAUUGGCCUUGCAAAUGCCUUGCGGCUGGCCUGAAUAUGGAAUACCACCAUUAGCACCUUUAAAAUUACGUGAAGGAGAAUUACAUUUUGAAAAGGGCCCUUUAAACACUACCGAUAAAAUCACUCGCUUUCGUAUUGAUGGUUUGGAUAAAUUUAAAAUUAAAAAAUUUAAACUUAAUAUGUUCACCUCAAAAAUCACUUUUGACUUUUUGUUCCGCUAUCUACAGGCUUCGGCUGACGAUUAUGAGACUGAUACCAUUUUAAACGCCUUGCGCGAAUUAGGUUUAUUUGUCAAAUACGAAGGUAGCGGAGAUAUGAAGUUUGGCUUAAAAAAUGUACGCAUAGCGGGUGUCCUGAGGUAUAACAUGCCUAUACUUUGGGGUUCUAUUAAAAUUACAUCCUUGCGUACAGAAAUUUCUUUAGAAAAAUGCAAUUCUGAGAUUCAUGGCUUAUUGGGUAAUGGUAGUAUUAACAAAUUCGUCAAUCGUCAAGUGGAAAAUUUGGUUGAAACAUUGUUAAAUGAGAACCAAGACACUCUAGCUGAUUUGAUUGAAGACAACUUAGUACCGAUUGCUAAUAAAAUCUUGAAAGGUACUGAUUUUUGGGCACUUAUUGAUUGGAUAUUCUCAAGUGACGAGAACGAAGACGAUCCUAUUGUUAGUGACUGCAUACCACCAACUGAUCCUUGGGCGUAAGGAAGCCCUUUUUUUAGCCUUCUCUUUUCGGCUUGGUAUUAUUUUAUUUGUGAUUUAAGCAAAAUUUAAGAAAUUCUAUACAAGAUUUAAUGCUCUUUUUGAACUUUUUA